AUUUCUAAAAUGUCGGGCGAUCACAAAACAUUUUUGAAAGGGAGCCCUUCACAGUAUGUAAAGUUAAAUGUGGGAGGGACAUUGUUUUAUACAACAAUAGGAACGCUGACUAAGAGUGAUAACAUGCUGCGAACCAUGUUCAGUGGCAGGAUGGAAGUACUAACUGAUUCCGACGGCUGGAUUUUAAUCGACCGGUGCGGCAAACAUUUCGGUACUAUACUGAAUUACUUGCGCGAUGGGUCAGUGGCGUUGCCGGAGAGUUUCCGUGAGACCAUGGAACUGCUUGCCGAAGCCAAGUAUUUCCUGAUCGAAGAGCUUACGGAAGCCUGUCUGCAAGCUUUGAAUAAGAAGGAAAGAGAUGCUGAACCUAUUUGCCGAGUACCUUUGAUUACCUCACAAAGGGAGGAGCAAUUGCUUAUAAUGUCCACAUCAAAGCCUGUGGUGAAGCUGCUGAUUAAUCGCCAUAACAACAAGUAUUCAUAUACCAGCACUUCAGAUGAUAAUUUGCUGAAAAACAUUGAACUUUUUGACAAGCUCUCUCUACGCUUUAGUGGAAGGGUGCUUUUCAUCAAGGAUGUCAUUGGUUCCACUGAAAUCUGCUGCUGGUCAUUCUUCGGUCAUGGAAAGAAAUGUGCUGAAGUUUGCUGCACAUCCAUUGUUUAUGCUACUGAUAAAAAGCACACCAAGGUUGAGUUCCCGGAGGCCAGGAUUUAUGAAGAGACAUUGGGCAUUUUGCUUUAUGAGAGCAGAAAUGGACCUGAUCAAGAUUUGAUCCAAGCAACUUCAUCCCGUGGAGCUGUUGGAGGGCUGUCUUGCACAAGUGAUGAGGAAGAGGAGCGUUCGGGAUUGGCCCGACUCAGGUCUAACAAGCAAAAUAAUCAGUCUUAGCGGUUACAGUCAGGCCUGGCCCGCCUACGCAACUCAAAGAGGACAAAUGUUUGAUACGCAGCUGGCAACGAUUUAUCGUUUUGCUGGCCACCUUGCUACAUUCUGUAAUCCUUUACAGUGUUAUAGACCCUUUUGCUGAAUUUUAUAAUGUGUUUCAAGAAUAGGUGGCAUUUGUGACUAGACUCUGAUGAACUAUUUACCUAAUGUGUCUACAUAUCUAUGAUGUAUUGAAAUUAUAUGUAUCUUUAAUAUAAUAUAGAUGUAGUAUAUUAAAUAACUAGCAAGAUGUACUUUAUAUUCAAAUUUGUAAUGUCAUAAAUAUACUUCGGUCAUUUCAAUGUUUCACUUGAUAUUAAUACAUAUGUGUAAGUAGUAUAUGCUUUAAAAUUAUCUGUCUUUGUAUGCAGAUAAUAUUGAGUGAUCUAAAAGUGGAAAAUAUGCAAAGAUUAAAAUGAAAUAGCCUAGGUUCAUAUUGAUUAUAAACACCGACUUAUAUACAUGGACAGGUUACAAGCCAUGUUAUUUCGGCCCUAUUUGGUUUUCGCCAUUUUGGCUCUGACGGUUGCGAUUGGUAGCGGUGGUAAGGAUUCGAACUAAUUAUACGAUAGAAUUGAUUGUAACAUUAACAGGCGCAUUUAAGUAGGAAUCAAACAAAAGCCUUCAUUUAUUUCCAAGCAAUGACUUGUCCAUUUAUAGAGAUCAGUGGUUAUCUUUAUGAUUUUUCCUAUGGAUUAGUAGUAAAAAUGAGUGUACAUAACUUAUUGGAAUGUUAAAUGUUCUUUGUAGUCAAAUAGAUUGUAUAAAGCAAACAUUAAAGUACAUAGUAUGGAAUAUUGUAGAAAAAUUGCAUGUACUAAAUUUAUAUUGACUAUAGCUCAAAUAAAUUGCCAAAUUGAUGUGUUAUAGUAAUAU